UCAAUAGUCAAAUGUCAAAUGUGAAUAAAAAGAACUCCGAAAUCCCCAACUGUCCAUCGUCGCCACCCGGCACCGUUCCUCCAUAUAAAACCGGUUUCGCAGUCGAGCCAAAAGAGAACCCCAAAUCGCCGACGGCUGCUAAACAAUACCAAAACAAUUAAUAUUCAGUUGUUCACAUACAAAAACCGAAGACUGCGGCUGCGGCGGCGGGGAAAGGGAAUGGUGGAUCUUAAUCAGAGCGGUGACGGUGGCUGGCACCACCAUUACCACCAUCACAACCUCUUGCCGAAGCGGAUAAUCCUGGUCCGGCACGGCGAGUCUCAGGGGAACCUCGACACCGCCGCGUACAGCCACAUACCGGACCACAAGAUCCCGCUCACCGAAGCGGGUCGGGCCCAGGCGCGAGAGACGGGCGCCCAGUUACAUGACCUGAUCUCCUCCGACUGUGGCAAUUCAACAAACACUUGGCGGGUGUACUUCUACGUCUCCCCGUACGACCGGACUCGAUCCACGCUGCGGGAGAUCGGCAAAGCCUUCGAUAGGAAGCGGAUCAUAGGGGUUAGAGAAGAGUGCCGGGUGCGUGAACAGGAUUUCGGGAAUUUCCAGGUCGCAGAGAGGAUGAAGGUUAUAAAAGAGGCCAGGGAGAGGUUUGGGAGGUUCUUCUUCCGUUUCCCUGAAGGAGAAUCUGCUGCUGAUGUCUUCGAUCGCGUUUCCAAUUUUCUGGAGUCACUAUGGAGAGACAUAGACAUGAACAGGCUACACAAGGACCCAUCCCAUGAGCUUAACCUCGUGAUCAUAACCCACGGACUAACUUGUCGAGUAUUCCUCAUGAAGUGGUUCAAGUGGACGGUCGAGCAAUUCGAGCUACUAAACAACCCCGAGAACUGCGAGUUCAGAGUAAUGCAGUUGGGAGCCGGGGGAGAAUACAGCCUGGCGAUCCACCACACAGAGGAAGAGCUCCGAGAGUGGGGGCUCUCGGAGGCCAUGAUCGCGGACCAAAAGUGUCGUGCCUCAGCUAGUAAGGGCAAUUGGAACGAGAACUGUCCCUGGUUCCUGGACGAGUUCUUUGACCCUCCACUUGAAGAGCUUAGCAAGGAAAAUGAUGAAUGCUAUGAUCUUUCUCAUUGCAGUACGAACGAUCCAGAGAUCAAAGAAGAUAUGGAGAAGGAUAUAUUAGCCUUGCUAUCUGAGGAAAUUGUAUUGCAGAAGCUAGUAGCUAAUGAGUCACUGCAGCGAAGCAAAUCUCUACUGACAGAGAGUGGAGUGGUUUACACUCAUUACAAGAGGGAAGCAGAGAAGUGCAUUGCACAAGUGGAGACAUGCGAAGAAGCUAGAGAGCGAGCCGAGGCUGAACUAAGGGAAGAACUGAAGGUCACAGCUUUGUGGGAGCAACGAGCUCUAGAGUUCGGAUGGAGCAGCAGCGGCAAGAAAAGAGUGCAGUGA